AUGGUGGAGACCUUACCACUCGGGUGGUUCCACCACCAAAGGCUAGACUUGAAGCACUGGUUCUCGACCUUCUUGUCGUCGCACAAAACCGUCUUCACUGUGCUUUGGAUCGGGGCAUUUGCAUCAGUUUUUGUGUGGCUGAGGAAUAUUGUAGAUGGGUUUUCAAUAUUUAAGCGAGUUCCAGUGAGACCCAUGCCAAAACUGAGACAUGUGGCUUUCAAUUUGACUGAUUUUGGGGCAGUGGGUGAUGGGGACACUUUGAACACUGAGGCCUUCGAGAAGGUUGUGUUGGCUAUUUCCAAGCUGGGCAAAAAAGGCGGUGAUUCUGAGAUUCUUGGGAGAAUGGAGAGGAGAGAAGCGAAGGAAAGAGGAUGA